AUAUUAAGGAUUUUCAAAAAUUGAACUUGUUGUAAUGUUGUCCUUGUCUUGUUAUGUCAAAUCAUGUUAUAUAAAAAACCUUUCUCUAUACAUUAUGUCUUAGCAGAAAAAAUAUAGGAGUAAUUUGAGAAAUAUUUGUACCUAUAGCUAACUAUGGCUAAAGAUCAAUUACAAGUGCUAAAUGCACUUGAUGUAGCCAAAACACAAUUGUACCAUUUCACAGCAAUUGUAAUUGCUGGAAUGGGAUUUUUCACUGAUGCAUAUGAUCUUUUCUGCAUUUCACUUGUCACUAAGUUGCUCGGUCGAAUUUACUAUCAUCAUGAUGGUGAACCUAAGCCAGGAAUCCUCCCUCCUGCUGUCGCGGCUGCAGUGAAUGGUGUCGCGUUCUGUGGGACCCUCUCGGGGCAGUUGUUUUUCGGGUGGCUAGGUGAUAAGAUGGGGAGGAAGAAAGUUUAUGGAAUGACACUUAUGCUUAUGGUCAUUUGCUCGAUUGGCUCAGGACUCUCGUUUGGUAAGACAGCUAAUGGUGUUGUUGCAACACUAUGUUUUUUUCGAUUUUGGCUUGGUUUUGGUAUUGGUGGCGAUUACCCUUUAUCUGCUACGAUUAUGUCUGAGUACGCGAAUAAAAAGACCCGCGGUGCUUUUAUUGCUGCUGUUUUCGCUAUGCAAGGGUUUGGAAUAUUGGCUGGUGGAAUUGUCGCACUUAUUGUUGCUGGUGCAUUUAAAAACGCGUAUCCUGCACCAAUUUAUUCUGUAAAUGGUAACGAUUCAACCCCUCCUGAAGCUGAUUAUGUAUGGAGAAUAAUUCUCAUGUUUGGCGCUAUACCGGCUUUGCUAACAUAUUAUUGGCGUAUGAAGAUGCCUGAGACAGCGCGUUACACGGCCUUAGUUGCCAAGAAUGCUACCAAGGCAGCUUCCGAUAUGUCCAAAGUGUUGAAUGUUGAAAUUGAAGCAGAAGAGGAGAAGAUUGUUGAUGUGAAGGGGAACAAUUUUGGUUUGUUUACUAAGCAAUUUCUUCGUCGUCAUGGACUUCAUUUGCUAGGCACAACUAGUACAUGGUUUUUACUAGACAUUGCUUUCUAUAGUCAAAAUCUUUUUCAAAAGGACAUUUUUAGUAAAAUUGGAUGGAUCCCUCAUCCUGAGACGAUGAGCGCGUUGGAUGAGGUUUUCAAGAUUGCUAGAGCUCAAACUCUUAUUGCCCUUUGUAGUACUGUUCCUGGUUACUGGUUUACAGUUGCAUUCAUCGAUAAAAUGGGUCGAUUUGUAAUACAACUCAUGGGAUUCUUCUUCAUGACAGUGUUCAUGUUCGCGUUAGCCAUUCCAUACAAUCACUGGACUAAAAAGGAGAACAGGAUAGGUUUUGUGAUCAUGUACUCGCUUACCUUUUUCUUCGCGAAUUUUGGUCCAAAUGCCAC